AUGCCCCCUCUUUCCGGGCGAACAGCUCAGUGGCUGUGCCUCGAGCUCGCUCAGCCAGCAUCUUCGUUCUCAUCGCCCGUCGUCGCCCGGCUGUCAGUCGUGCACCACAAUACCGCCACAAAGGAACCCCCGGCCCAUUAUGAAGCCCUGUCGUACAGAUGGGGAGAUCCCAACGAUCGGUCCACAAUUUUCAUCAAUGGCUCAGGGGUGAGUGUCUUGAAGGACUUGGAAAUCGCUCUGAGGCAUUUCCGUUACGAUAAUGAAGAGCUCGUUCUCUGGGCCGAUGCCAUAUGCAUUAAUCAGGAUGAUAUCGAAGAGCGCAACGUACAGGUAGCCCUUAUGGGAACGAUCUACUCCAAGUCUUAUCGCCUUAGGAUCUGGCUGGGCGAGCCCGGUCCCGAUACCGCAGCUGCUAUGAAGCUCAUGGACGAAUGCUCCGAGUACCCGCCUGAUGCGGACGGUGUUAAGAAGAUCUUCAACGACGAGCGCGGCUCCACUGGCCUGACGGAGCUGCUCGGACGUGAAUACUGGAGCAGGAUGUGGAUGUUUCAAGAAAUCCUUCUCUCCAAGAUUGCACGAGUGUACUGCGGCCGGUAUACUGCGAAUUUCGACGGCAUCAAGUACUUGGAUAUGGUGUCGGCCAAUGCGCGCCUCUGGCCGGAACCCAGCAAGACCCCGCCGUGGGUCCUCCCGCUACGCAGAGCGCUGGUCAACACUACACAGUUCACCAUCAACCCUAGCAGGCUCGGCGAAUUGGAGAACAUGCUCGUCCUCACGAGGCGGCUCCAGGCGGGCGACCCUCGGGAUAAGCUCUUUGCGCUCAUGGGCACUUGCGACAUGGCGCCGUACCUGGCUGUGGACUACAGCAAGCCGGCGCGUGAUGUUUAUAUCGAAGAAGACGGGGAGUCUAGCACUGUUGAUGCUCGCCGGGUGGGAGAACCCGAGGGCCAGACGGAUACCACGCUGCCGUCGUGGACCCCUGACUUCCGCGCGUCUAAGAGAGUAGCGAUAUACGUCGGGUAUGGUAUUGAGAUUCCUGGCGUAUUCAACGCCUCGAAAGGGACACGGUUCACGGCGGCAUCACAUAGCGGACAUCCUUUCAACCAUUCAGACACAACCCUCGUCGCCGAAGGGCUUCUGCUGGACACAAUCCAAAAAACGGCACCGGUCGUGAAGAUCAACAGCUGCCCCGAGCAAAUGAUAUUCACAUUUGGUCUCGGGCAGGUCGGUCGUCAUCCGUCAGGCAGAUCUCAGGUCCAGGCUUUCUGCGAAACAAUCAUCUUCGACAUCUACGGGCCAAGGGAUGGAGAUUCGGCGGAAAAGAACAAGUCCAGGCAGCAAAUCCGGUUGCAGCAUUUGCUCGGCUUCAUGAAGCACAUGGAGACUAUCAAAAACAACGCCGUCCCUAGGAAGCGAGAUGGUUCCGUUGACUUUCCCACCUUGUUCGGCCCCGAGGCUAGUCGUCCGGGAUCGGUCGUGCGUCGUUACGAGGACCUCAAGAGGUCGCAACCGGACCUUCUCGAGGAGCAUCACAAGUUGUUCAUGAAGGAGUACUUGUACAGAGCGGGCAAUAUCUCGAGCAUGUUCUCUACUGGGGGUCACUACUUUGGACGGUGCAAUCACAGCGUGCAGCCGGGCGAUGUUGUCGCACUGCUAUUUGGAUGUACUCUUCCUGUAAUUUUGCGAAAGACUCAGUCCGGGUUCAAGCUUAUUGGUGCUGCGUAUGUUAGUGGGCUUAUGCAUGGGGAGUUGAUGGAUAAUCCGAGGCGUGACUUGCGAGUUCAAAGGAUUCCGUUGGUGUAA